AUGGGCGCCGCGGACGACGUCAAGGCGCUCGAUCCCGCGCGCACGGUCCUCGCGCGCGGUCUCCCGAUCGACGCGAACGCGAACGCGGUGAGAGCGCUCUUCGCGUCGUGCAGCGCGGGCGAGGUCGCGAGCGUCACCUUGGGCGUGGAGUCGUCGAGCCGAGGCCGAGGGGGCGGCGCGACGACGUACCGCGUCGCCGCGGUCGAGUUCUCGUCGCCGCCCGCGGCGUCCGCGCUCGCGCUGCUCAAGGGGAUGGAGGUCCCGGGUGGGCACCCCGCGGGGGUCGCGCACCUGCCGUUCGAUCCGAGGAAGCACGCGCGGCUGUUUAAGGAGGGCGCGGGCGCGGGAGACGCGCCGAUCGCGGAGCAGGACGACGAGGCGGAGGAUGCCGAUGGCGAUGCGACGGAAAAAGCCGCCGGGGGAAAAGCCGGCGACGGGUGGGGCCCCGCGCGCUCGCCGUCCCCCGAACCGGAGGAGCCCGUCUCCGUCAGACUCGCGCGCGAGAAGGAAGCGGAAGAGAAGAAGCGCGCGGAGGCGGAGGCGGAGAGGGAGCGAGAGGAGAAGGCGCGCGCCGCCGCCGCCGCCGCCGCCGCCGCCGCCGCCGCCGCCGCCGCCGCGGACGACGACGACGACGACGACCUCCUCGGCUCCGCGCUCGGCUCCCCCGUGGGCUCGGACAUGAUGCGCUCGCGCUCGCCGACGCCCGCGGCACCCGUCGUCCAGAUCGAGUACGCGGCCGUGACGCUGACGAAGGACGACUACGACGACGACGCGGAGGAGGAGGAGGAAGAAGCGGACGACGCGCCUCGCCGCGGCAAACGCGCGCACGCGUCGCCGCCGUCGCGCGAAGAACGCGGCCCAGGACGCGAGCGGAGCCCGCCUCGGCACCGGUCGCCGCCGAGGCAGCGUCCCAGGAACGACAGCGCACAGGGGGCGACCGGGUUCGGCGGCCCUCCCGGGGGAGGAGGAGGCGCGGGGCCGCGGGGUGCUGGACCGGGACCGGGGCCGGGGCCGGGAUACCAGGGGCAGGGAUACCACCAAGGGCCUCAAGGGCCCGGCGGUCGGUCGUACUCCCCCCCGCGCGACGGCUCCGCGUGGCGCGGCGGCCCGGGCCCGCGCGGGCGCUCGCCGCCGCGCGACUACCGCGGCGGAAACGGCGGCCACCCGCCGCCGAGAGAGUCGUGGGAUCGCAGGGACGACGUCGGGUCCGCCCCCGCGACGCUGCGCGACGGCUGCCAAAUUUUCCUCUCGCGCGGCCGCGUCCACGCGCUCUGCGCGGCGGGCCCGGAAGGCCCCGGCUUCGGCGCCGGUCUCGACGCGGACGUCCGGUUCGCCAUGGACGCGCUGCGCGACUGCCGCGGCGCGAUCGUCCGCGUCGGCGUCGGCGGCGGGCAGUACCAAGUCGCGGAGCUCGCCGGCGGCGCGCCGGCGGGACCGAACGACCCUGCGAACUCCGCGACGCAACCGGUGCUGCGACUCAUCGACGGCCAGACCGCGCGCGUCGCGGAGAGGCCGCACAGCUUGGGGGUGAUAAGCAACAGCGAGCCGAGCCAGAGGGAGUGGGACGAGUACGUCGACGCGUGCGAAGCGUGCGCGCGCGCGAGGACGGGCCCUCCGCCGCCGCGCGUGAAGGACGUCGCGACGGUGCGCCGCGCGAUCGAGCGGGCGUUCCGAGAGCACGACGACCGAGAACUGGGCGACGGCGGCGGGUUCAGGGACGACGUGAGGCAGCCGCCGGGAGGACGAGGCGGCGGCGGGCCGCCGCCCGCGGCGUUCGGGAGAAGCGGGUGGGACGACCGCGGCGACCGCGGAGGAGGAGGAGGACCGCCGCCCCCGAGGGAUCGGAGGCAGCCGCCGCUGCCGCCCAACGGACCGCCCGGCGGGGGAUGGGACCGCGGCGCCCCUCCCCCGCGCGGGCGCUCGCCGCCGCGUCGACGAUCGUCGCCGCUCGCGCCGUACGACCGCCCGCCGUCGCGCGACCGGUUCGGCAGCGGGGGGGCGGGUGGGCCGCGGCCGCGCUCGCGCUCGCCGCCGCCGCGCGGCGGCGGCGACUUCGAUCGCGAUCGCGACCGCUACGACCGCGACCGCGAUCGCGAUCGCUUCGACGACCGGCGCGAGCCCGGGUUUGUUGACCGACCGCCGCCGCGCGGCGAUCGCUUCGACGACCGACUCGGCGAGCCGCGCGGUCGGUUCGACGACCGCGACCGACCGCCCCCGGCGGGCGGCCCCGGCCCCGGCGGGGACUACCGCGACCCGCCGCCGCGCGCGAGGGACGCGCUUCGCGACGCGCGCGCGACCGACCGCGACCCGUCCGAGCCGUCGUGGAUCAUGGACACGCGCGGGAACAACGGCCUCGUCGUCGGCGCGAAGGGCUCGAACGUGAAGCGCAUCGAGGAGGAGACGGGCGCGAAGGUGGACUGCAUGAAGGAUAAGACCACCGUGGCGAUCAGCGGGCGGCGGUCCGCGGUGGAGGACGCGCGCGCGAGGAUCGAGGUCAUCAUGCGCGACCGCGGGAUCGAGGGGCUGCGAGGGAGGUGGGACGUCCCCGGGGAAUGGCGAUGGGAAGACCGCGGACCCGACAGAGGAGGAGGAGGUGGAGGAGGAGGAGGAGGGAACCAUCCGGGCGGCGAAGCGCGCGUCCCCGUCGGCGGGGAUCUUCGAGGGCAGCUGAAACGCGUCCGCGAGGAGAAGGCGGCGAACGACGUGAAGAAGCCGAAGACGAACGACGCCGACGCCGACGGCAACGGCGGCGACGCGCCGGCGGCGACGCCCGCGGACGACGCGCUUCAGGCGGAGCUCGAGAAGCUCGUCGCGCGCGCGAAGCGAUUCAACCUCCCGGAGCCGACGAUGGAAGACGUCCUCAAGUCCGCGGGCCGCGGGCGCAAAGAGACUGGCAAAGAGACUGGCAAAGAGACUGGCAAAGAGAUUCGCGAGCUCACGAUCGACCCGGGCGGGAGGGAGGGCAUGGGCCGCGUCAUCGGCAAGAACAAGCAGACGUUGCUCGCGGUGCACAAGGUCACCGGCGUGCGGCUCAAUCCGCUGAACAAGACGAAGGAGAUCAAGCUGAUCGGCUCCGACGCCAAGGCGCUCACCGCCGCGGCGAAGAUCGUCUCCGCGAUCGCGCGCGACGAGCUCGGGAAGCGGAAGUUCGACGUGAUCCAGCGCGCGUUCGACGCGCUGAUGGCGGGCGGGGAGAUCCCCGCGGAGUUGAGGGUGUCUUCGGGCGCGCCGGCGAAGAGGGAAGAGGGCGGCGGCGACGGCGCCGCCGACGACGAAGACGACGACGACGACGCGGACGAGCCCGCCGCGGACGAGCCCCCCGCCGCGGAAGAAAAAACGAAAACCGCGGAAGAAAAAACGAAAACCCCGCCGAGUUAUCGGACUCCGAGUGGCGACGAGCCGUGUCAGACGACGGUCGAGUGCGGCGCGUUACUCGGCGCGAUCAUCGGCACGCGCGGCGUGGUGAUCAAGAAUUUGACGCGAAAAAGUAAAUGCCGUCUCGAGGUGGACAACGAGAAGAAAUCCGUGACGGCGCACGGCGCGACGGACGCGGACGUGGAGAAGGCGCGCGACAUGAUCAAGGAGGUGAUGGAGAAGACGACGCUGAAGAACGCGUCGAAGGAGAAGGAGAAGGCGAAGGCGGAGGCGGAGGAGAAAGAGGAGAAAGUGGAGAAAGAGCCGAAAGAGCCGAAAGAGGAGAAAGAGCCGAAGCCGAAGCCGGCGGCUGCGGACGAGAAGGAGAAGAAGGAGGAAGAAAAAGAGGAAGAAAAAGAGGAGGAGCGCUCGAAGAAGCCCGCGGCGAGGGAGACAGCGGCGCCCGAGGAGUCUGACGACGCGCCAGGGUCCGAAGAAGCGCCCGAGACGCCCGCGGCGGAGGAGAAAGAGAAAGAGGAAAAAGUCGCCGAGGAGGAAAACGCGGAGGAGGAGGAAGUCGAAGCCGAAGCCGAAGCCGAAGCCGAGGAGGAGAAGAAGAAACCCGCGACGCGAGGCAAAGCCGCGGGAAGAGGCGGCCGCGGCGGACGGGGACGGGGCAGGGCGGCCGCGCGAGGCGGCAAAGCCGGCCGCGGCGCGAAGGGCAAGAAGAAGUGA